AUGACGAGCCCUGGUGGUGUCUCGUUAGAUAAGGUCUCCACGACCGAUCUGCUGGAGGAGUUGAAGCGCAGAUACAGCUGCCUUUCCAAGCCUGAAGGCCGAUAUAUCUUCCUGGGGGCCCCCGGUUCAGGCAAAGGCACGCAGAGCGCUAAUCUACAGAAGUCGCACUGCUACUGCCACAUCUCCACUGGUGAUAUGUUGCGGGAUGCCGUUGCAGCAGGCACAGAACUCGGCCAGAAGGCAAAGGGCAUAAUGGCCGCUGGGCAGCUCGUACCGGAUGACUUAGUCCUCGAGUUGCUCUCGGAGAGGAUGAGAAGCCCCGAGUGUUCUCGAGGGUUUAUCUUAGACGGAUAUCCACGAAAUCAAGAGCAAGCGAAUGCAUUAGACAAACUUCUGGAGUCUCAGAAACAGAAGAUCGACGGAGUUGUCUUCUUUGAUACCCCAGAGGAAACGCUGGUGCAGAGAGUCUGUGGUCGCCGCAUUCACCCCGCGAGUGGCCGCGUCUAUCACUCUAUCUUCAGACCCCCGAAAGUUCCAAACAAAGACGACGUCACAGGGGAGGAUCUGAUUCAGAGGAAGGACGACAACGAAGAAACGCUGCGAAAGCGUUUACAUGCCAGUGGCCGCGUCUAUCACUCUAUCUUCAGACCCCCGAAAGUUCCAAACAAAGACGACGUCACAGGGGAGGAUCUGAUUCAGAGGAAGGACGACAACGAAGAAACGCUGCGAAAGCGUUUACAUGUGUUCAAUCAACAGACUCUGCCUCUGGUGCAGAGAUACGAAAAACAAGGGCUGCUGCAACGCAUCGAUGGGAGCCUUCCUGCUCCAGCUGUCAGCGAUCAGCUGUACGCCUUCGUUCAGAAGCGCUCCCACAGCAGCAAAUCAGCAUAA